AUGGUCAAGAGGAGCGGACAGAGGAAGAGCAAGACUGUAGCCGUCGUCGUCCUGGGGGACAUUGCCAGGAGCCCUAGGAUGAUGAAUCACGCGAUGUGCCUUGCAGGCUCGGGGUAUGACGUCUUCCUGGUCGGCUACGUGGAGUCGCAGCUUCCCCUGCACCUGCAGCAGCACGAGAGAAUUUCUGUCACAGCCAUCCCGACGCCAUGGAAACUUCCAAGGAGACCCAAGAUUCUCUACAUUCUCCUUGCUCCUCUUGCCGCUAUCUCUAGAGCGUUUGCGCUCCUGGCAUGCAUGAUGCGAGGAGGAUCAAAAAGUGUCGUCCUACUGCAGAACCCUCCCAGCAUCCCCACGCUCCUGGUGCCUCCCAUUGCUCGCCUGCUGCCCUCACAUUCCCCUUACUCCCCUGCUCAGGUGGUUGACUGGCACAACUAUGGCUACACCAUCAUGGAGACGACUGGGGCCCCGAAGAUCGCUAUCUUACUUGCAAAGAUCUACGAGAUGGCGCUGGGAUGCCUCGCAGACGGGCACUUCUGUGUGUCCGAGGCCAUGAAGAAAGAUCUCGCCAGCCGCUGGAGGAUCCCCGAGGCUGUCGUCCUCUAUGAUCGGCCUCCUUCCCACUUCAGGAGGCAGACGGAGGCUGAGAAGUUCGAGCUGUUCAAGAGGUUGGAGCAGGAGGGAGUUGUGAAGCUCGGCGACUUCUACAACCCAGUCGACGAAGCCCCGAAGCCAACACCUCGACCAAAUCGUCCUGCGCUUGUGGUCUCUUCUACCAGCUGGACCCCGGACGAGGACUUCGGGCUGUUCAUGACAGCCCUGAAGGAGUUGGACAUGAUGCUACGUUCCACGUCAUCGCUGGGAGACGACGAUAGCUCGAGGGUUCUCGUCGUCAUCACCGGCAAGGGUCCGCUCAAGGAGCAGUUCGAGCAGGAGAUCUGCUCCGCAGGGUUCGCCAGGGUCUCCGUCAAGACAGCCUGGCUUGCGUGUGAGGACUAUCCGAAGCUGCUAGGCAGCGCAGACCUAGGUGUGUGCUUGCAUUAUUCAUCUUCGGGACUCGACCUCCCCAUGAAGGUCGUCGACAUGUUCGGAUGCGACCUCCCAGUCCUCGCCAAGAGGUCUCCCUCCUGCCCUUCAAGCUCCGUCCUCACUCAGCAGCACAGGUACGCGUGCAUACAAGAGCUCGUCGCCGACGGCAAGCACGGAUACCUCUUCGACGACUCCCGCCAGCUCGCCCAGCAGAUGUUCCGCCUUCUGUCCGAGUUCCCCGAGGAUCAGGAGAAACUUGACAGCAUGCGGGAGUCGAUCGUUUCCUCCCACUGCACCCGCUGGGAGGACGAGUGGAAGGAGAGAGCCAGCAGCGUCUUCUCUCGUUAUGUGGGAACGUGAGGACACGUGGAGUGGUGACAUCUGAGAGAGGAAGGGGACGGGAGCUUGUGGUUCAACGACUAUUUUCAACAAAUUCAUGUACAGAGAAACAAGUUUAGCUAGCUCGGUUCUAGAUACAACGCAUCGUAGUGAUAGCGUGUAGAUAACAGCAAGUCAAAUGAUGACCAGGUAAAGAAUGAGAACAAUAAAACAUGGAGGAUAAGAUAACAGAGUAUGGUACAAGCUUCGCGAUUGAGCUUCUAGAGGACAGAUGCCCGUCGUACGUUUCCUCUCCGAUCUUGUACGACGAUGCUUUCAGUACUCAUUCGCUUCUGUGAUUGAGACGAGAUGAGGGGCUUGUUGAGCUUGUCGAAGGCUCCCAUCUGACACUUGAGGGACUUGAAAUGCUUCUUUGCGUCCUGCUGUUGGAUCGACGCCCCGCAGAAA